ACACAGUAGUAAACAUGACCCUGUGCCAGCUCUUUUGGAACGUGUUGGAGCCAUAAAAUUCUAAGUUAAUGAUUAUUUGCUAAAAACAAUCAAGUUUAUCAGUUUGAACAUGAAAUAGCUUGUGUUUGUAGUGUAUUCAAAUAAAUAUAGUUCGAACAUGAUUUGCAAAUCAUUGUAUUCUGUUUUUAUUUAUGUUUAACACAACGUCUCAACUUCAUUGGAAUUGGGGUUGUAGAUAUAAACAUUGAUGGAAAAUGCAGACCCUACUGGGUGUGGUGUGGAAGAAGGGUGGAUGUCGGCGUGACUAAACAACAGACUGGAGAUGGAUAAAUAGCUCGCUCACGGCACAUAAUAGUUCACUGAGUCAACUAAGAAAUUAAGAUGCAGAAAGUCUACAGCAGUCAGCAGGCUUUGGACAUGAUCCUGAACCAAGUCAAUCCUUGCGACUCCGAUGGAAAGAGUUCAUACUCUGAAAUGUCUUCUGGUACGAUUUCCUAAACAUCCUAUUUUCAUUUGCUGAUUAUGGCAGCUGUGUUUUAGGAAAAGAUGAAAACAAUCCUAAAUCAAUACAGAGGAAGAAUAUUUUGGAAUUACAAUCCAAAUGAUAUCUUUGCGUAGAGUUCCAAACUUGGUUGAGGUUUUCAAGCUCACAUCAUUUGGAUAUUUUAUUGCUCACAUCUUAAAAAUAGGAUCACUCACUGCCACCGGAAAAGAGAGGUCGACUGGAGACACACACCGGGCCAACAGAGAAGGCAAAAGAUGGCACAGUGUGGCGUGAAGAACAGGUCGGAAGGCAUCUCUAUCACAGCCCAAUUGAAUCUGAAUCUUGAAUUGAAUCUCCGCAGAUGGAGAGCCUACUGCGUUGGUCAGAAGAACAGUGUCGAGUCGCUUACAGAGUUUCCUCUGUUUCGUCACUCUUUGUAUGCUUCGAAAUAUUCAGGAGUGGACUCUUCAGCAUGGACGGCCCUCCCUGAACUAAUGGCGUUCAUUGCCUUCCUCCUCUUGCGUGGGGUGAUCAAACUUCCAUCACGGCGUGACGCUUGGUCACCAAAACUGGGAAACCCACUGAUUGCACGUCCUUUAUCGGGCAAGCACUGGCAUGGAGGAGAGACGGGUGGACUUUCUGGUGGAGCUUGCAAGCGAGCUUGCUCAGUCACAUGUGGGAGCCAAAAGGCGAAUAAGGACAACCUUCUUCGGCAACAACCUCCCAUACCUGGCCAAGGGAAAAGAGCAAUGACCACCAUUAAGCUGACACGUAUUGAGCGCUGAGUCACUGGCCUCUCAGCAUCCUGUGGGACAUUAUGUAACUGUGGCAGCAGCUCAAUAAAGCUCCUGUCAAGGAUCCUGCAGGUUAGACGCAGCCGACUCAGGGAUUGUGCAUAGGUGAAAGGUUUCUGUCCAGAGUCAUGUCCACAAACCUUCACAGUCAGGCUUGUGUCUCAUCAACAGUUCACCACAGAGCUUUGAGUUGUACUAUACUGAAUGGAGGUUAUUUAUUUUCAGUUUGAUAAAGCCUGAAAAACUUAGAUGCAUUUAAUAGUUUUAUUGAAAUGUCUAUCCAUACAUAUUCUAUACCGCUUAUACUGUUCACAGCUGGAGCACAUCCCAGCAGACUUUGGGCAAGAGGCACAUUACACCCUGGACCGGUCACCAGUCAGUUUGCAGGACAGACAACUAUUCACACUCACAUUCACACCAUCCCUGAGUGGGAACUGAACUCACGCUGCCUGCACCAAAGUUAGGUGAAUGUACUGCUACACCAUCAUUAUUAAAUCCACUAUUCCAUUUUCAAGUAAUUCUCAAAAUACAGUAUAUGAGUAGUCUGCUCUCGAGCUGUUGAAUGGAUGGAUUUGGCCUAAUUUCUAAGAACAUGUAUGCCCUCAGUUUAAUGUUUGCUGAAAGCAUAGCGGGUCGCUGAAAAUAGGGGAUGCCAUUAGAUUGGACUAGUCUUUGUCACUGUGCUGGGACAUUGUGGGCACCCAAUCUGGGCUCCAGAGAUGAAUCCCUCAGCACUAGCAUGAUGGAACCGAAGAGAACGUGACAUUGCAUUUAACUAUUGCAUUUUCUGUUGUUUCUUUCUCUAUUCCAAUAUACAGUUUAUUUAGACAAUCUACUAUCUUGAGCACAUUGCUUAGUUUGCCAUCCCUUGUAAACUGAUAUAUAAUGUUAAAACUACAUGCGGCACUGGAUACAAUAUUACGUCGUACUGCAUCCAGACUGUGUUAAGAUUCCUGUCAUUCACGUAGCAUUGUUUCAUUCCACUGUUAUUCAAAUGACUUUCCAUAUUUAUUGGGUUCUUCGGUAACAAAGAUGAGUCACAUUGUGUUAUGGUGGGUGAUGUUAUGGUGCUUUUUGGUCAUAUAUUAGAGCUGCAAACUAUUUUGCAACAGGAGGUGGAUGUAUAAUUGGUUCAAGUUGGUCCCUGGCAUCAACAAGUCAUUAUGAAAGCAAACUGCCUGAAAAUGAUGGUUUGUCUGAUUUUUCUCAAAGGGUUUGCGUUCUAGCGCAGCUCCCUGUCCUCUGUUUGACGUCACACAUGGCCAGGGGUUCACUCUAAAAUAGCUCUCACGGCUAAGUUAGGAAACUUAGGGAGGCAUGUUUAAAACAGCAAACAAUGUGGCCGGCUGUAAUUCUUUCUUCACAUGCAAAGAGGGCUGUUUCAAAGCUUGCACCAGGUUGAGUCAGCAAGAUUUAUUUUCUCCAAUGCACCCAAGGCUUUGCAUGGUUGAAUCACAUGCAAUGUUAUCAAAGAGAUCGAAGCAGUUUCUGCUCUUGUGCUCUGUUGACUCAUGUGCACUGAAGACUGCUCAAACUGUAUGAAUGAUUUCAUUUUCAUAGCACUCCCAGAGUAUAAAUCCAUUAACUGUUAUUUUUGGCAAUCAUCAGAUAUUGUCAAUGUCCACAACCAAAGUCAAUUUUGAUGUGUUUACCGUCUUCCCAAUAGCCUCAAAUCCCUCCAGGAAUUUGGUCUAGAGGUCUCAGAAUUUUGCACUUGUCAAGUACUAUGAUUUCUCUAUGAAUUUUUCUUUUAAUAGCAUCAUAAUUGAAACAAAUGUCUCCCAGAGUAAAAGUAGAGGAAAUAUAAAUCCACAAUAUGUGCAAUAUGUAGUCAUUCUUUGAAUUUAUUCAUUCACUUGCAGUCUUGCAACCAGCACUGAGAAUUCACCCAACCUUUAAAUGGCCAUUUGCUGUGGAGCAUGCUGUUGUUUGUAUUAUUGCUGGAAAAACUGGACGUAGCCUAUACAACUGUGCGAUGUAUAGACUCACAUCAGAGAAUAGUGUUUCAUAUAUAGACUACCAGUGCAGUGGUUUGCCUGUUUUGCCUUGCUACAUGUUGUGUCACUAUUGGGCAUGGUCGUGGAACACGAUAUGAGUCCAUUGGUCAAGUUACAUGUUGAUUGAGAGAGACUGUUCACCGGGUUACUCACAUCAAAUGUUUCCAUGAGACAAUAGUUUAAUUAGCCAACAUACACAUGUAUACUGUACAGUACAGGUAAUAGUAGUAAGGAAAAUACAUCAGAUUCGCCAAUGGUAAUAGCUUACAAAUUUCCAAUUAAAGGCAACUAUAACUUUUUUUUGUGGCUGAAGACUUCACCUUGUAUUCAAAAUGGUUCUUUCAUUGCUCAUCGCCAGAUCAAAUUCCCUGGAGCGAGUGGGAACAAGAAUAACCAUUCGCACUCACAUUCAUACCUACGGACAAUUUUGAAGUCUUCAAUUAACCUACCAUGCAUGUUUUUGGGAUGUGGGAGGAAACCGCAGUUCCCGGAGAAAACCUACGCAGGCACGGGGAGAACAUGCAAACUCCACACAGGCGGGGCCGGGAUUUGAACCCCGGUCCUCAGAACUGUGAGGCAGAUGUGCUAACCAGUCGAGCACCGUGCCGCCACAUGUGAGUCAUUUGCUCCUAAAAUGUCCUUGACCAGUGGUUGGCUUGCAUAACGAAGCAGUCGCUGACUAGAAAUAAAGGUUUUUGUUGUUAAGUGCCACUUAGCUGUGACAUUAGUAACACUGGACCGUUGCAUUACUGUCAUUGAUAACACCUAUUGUUACAUGCAUUGUUUCAAUGAUUUAAGGUUAAAAAAAUCUUUAUACUCAACAUCAACCACUGCCGAGUCAUGACUCUGUGAUUGUGACAUGGAAUGGAACUAUAGCCAUUCAGGAAGCAACGUGAAGCUCGCACUGUUGCGGGACUUGAGUGUGUGUGUCCCAAGUCAUUCACCACAAUAGAAAUUACCAGGAGAAGUGUAGCUAACAUCACAUUCUACUUCUUCAACUACUCCUUUAUAUUUUCCAUCAGUCUGGAUGUCCUGUUGCACCGGGCUGCCUCUCGCUGGUCAGUCUAGGCACUAUGCCAGGCAAAAUUGACCUGACUUGACUUAACUUCACUCUCUCCCUUCUCUUACAGAUCCAAAUGAGCCAUUGGUCCAAAGUUGUGUUCUCGCUGUUUGGGUGCCCCAACGUAGAGGCAGCAGCACCUCUCCAUUAGUGGGUCUUGUCCUUGUGAUGAACCAGUUUCUGUAUGACACGUCAUCUAAAGAAGUCAGCAGGCAGUACCGGGAUGCGAAUAUGCAGGGUGUGGUGUAUGAGCUCAACAGCUACAUGGAGCAGCGCCUGGACACUGGAGGAGACAACAAGCUACUGCUCUAUGAACUCUGCAACAUCAUUAAAACAGCAACAAAAGCUGAUGGAUUUGCACUUUACUUUUUGGGAGAAUGCAACAAUAGUUUGUGUUUGUUCACCCCAAAGAGAUCCAAGGAUGGUUCCCCUAGCCUCGUCCCCUCUGGCCCCAUCGCAUUCGGGACAACCAUUGCAGCUCAUGUUGCCAAGACUCGCAAAACACUUUUAGUAGAAGACAUCAUGGGGGAUGAACGCUUCCCAGAUGGCACAGGGCAGGACUCAGGGAUCCGCGUUCAUUCUGUCUUGUGCCUCCCCAUCCUCACUGCCAUCGGGGACCUCAUCGCCAUCCUGGAGCUGCGUCGGCACAGGGGAAAGGAGCCCUUCAAUCUCAGCCACCAGGAGGUUGCAACAGCAAACUUGGCGUGGGCGUCAGUUGCCAUUCAUCAAGUACAGGUGUGUCGAGGCCUCGCCAAACAGACUGAGCUCAAUGACUUCCUACUAGAUGUGUCAAAAACAUACUUUGAUAAUAUUGUGGCAAUAGAUUCGCUACUUGAACACAUUAUGAUAUAUGCAAAAAACCUGGUGAAUGCCGACAGGUGUGCACUCUUCCAGGUAGAUCAAAACAACAAAGAACUGUAUUCUGACCUGUUCGAUAUUGGUGAGGAGAAAGAAGGCAAGCCAGUCUUUAGGAAAACCAAAGAAAUUAGGUUUUCUAUAGAGAAAGGAAUAGCUGGUCAAGUGGCUCAGACAGGGGAAGUCUUAAAUAUCCCAGAUGCCUAUGCAGACCCACGGUUUAACCGAGAGGUGGACCUAAAAACCGGUUACACCACGCGGAACAUCCUGUGCAUGCCCAUCGUGAGCAGGGGGACUGUUAUCGGAGUGGUGCAGAUGGUGAAUAAAUUAAGCGGUAGUGCCUUCACUAAAACAGAUGAGAACAACUUCAAGAUGUUUGCUGUCUUCUGUGCCCUGGCCUUACACUGUGCAAAUAUGUACCAUCGAAUUCGCCACUCUGAAUGCAUUUACAGAGUGACAAUGGAAAAACUGUCUUACCACAGCAUCUGCACCUCAGAAGAAUGGAAAACACUCUCUGAGCUCAACCUUCCCACACUCAUUUAUAAAGAGAUCGAAAUGUUUCACUUUGACAUAAAUCCUUUUGAGGAGAUCUGGCCUGCAGUUUUCAUCUACAUGGUUCACAGCUCCUGUGGAAAGAGCAGCUUUGAGCUGGAGAAGCUGUGUCGAUUCACCAUGUCCGUACGCAAGAACUACCGGCGUGUGCCCUACCACAACUGGAAGCACGCCGUGACCGUGGCUCACUGUAUGUACGCCAUCCUACAAAAGACCCCUGGGACCUUCACAGAGCUAGAGAAGAAGGGACUCUUGAUAGCCUGCCUAUGUCAUGAUCUGGACCAUCGAGGGUACAGCAACACUUAUUUGCAGAAGUUUGACCACCCGCUGGCUGCUCUCUACUCCACCUCCACUAUGGAGCAGCACCACUUCUCUCAGACUGUCUCCAUUUUGCAGCUGGAAGGGCACAAUAUUUUCUCCAACCUGAAUUCCAGCGAGUACGAGCAGGUGCUAGAGAUCAUCCGAAAGGCCAUCAUCGCCACAGACCUGGCCCUUUACUUCAAUAACCACCAGCAGCUGUCAGAGCUUCUCACCUCAGGUGUGCUAGACUUCAACAACCACUCACACAGGGACCGUGUAAUUGGGCUGAUGAUGACAGCAUGUGACCUGUGUUCUGUAACCAAGCAAUGGCAGAUCACACGACUCACAGCAAACGACAUCUAUGCUGAGUUCUGGGCCGAGGGAGAUGAGAUGAAAAAGAUUGGGAUGCAGCCCAUCUCAAUGAUGGACCGAGACAAGAAGGAUGAAGUUCCUCAAGGCCAAGUGGGCUUCUACAAUGCUGUAGCAAUUCCAUGUUAUACAACACUAGCAGAUCUUUUCCCUCCAUCCAGUCCACUUCUAAAAGCGUGCAAGGAGAACUUGGGCCAAUGGGAGAAGAUAGCGCACGGUGAGGUGGAGGACGUCGUUCUGACCCGGCCUUCUGAUUCAGGUCCUGUCAAGGUGGACAAUUGACUACCAAAGGGGUGACUGUCCAUCAUAACGAGUUCAACCUGAACCCUGCUUUUUUUUUUUUUUUUUUUUUUUUUUUGGAGGGGGAGAAGAGCAGGAGCUCAGCAAAAAGGCGCCUUGACUGAACAAAAAAACGCAAGUUACCUCAAUGGGUGACGGAGGUGUCAAAGCUGAUGGUUUUACCAAUCCCAGAGACUGACUGACAGCUAACGGGGAGGAACUAAAACCUAUCACCCUAAAUCCACUCAGUUUGGGAAUUUAUUUGUUAAAAUGGAUUUGUGCCAUUUUUGUUGUUUAUUUGGCUUUAUGUUAUUUGUUACUGUGUUUUUUUAAUACUGUUGUUAUUAUUAUUAUUACUAUCAUUAUUAUUAUUUGAGUUGAUUCUUUGUGGUCUUGCAUUUGAGAGGCCUUACACGGAACCUUUCACGGGAAGGCGAUGUGAAACCUUGUAGUGUGGGUUCAUAUCCUUUUAAAAUGGUACUGUUUGCCUUCUGUGGUAAAUAAGUCACUACUACUUCAGCAAGGUAUUCAGAGACAGAAGGAAUGUGUAGUAUAUUGAACAUGCAUGGUGUAAUAAUGCCACCUUAUAGAUGAGGGGGACGUCAGAAUGUUUUUCUUUCUUUUGAGCAAAAAUCCUUUGCAGUACUUGAAUAAAGACACACAACCUGUUUCAACAAAGACAGCAGAAAUCCCGCACAAUAUAUUUUGCCACAAAAAAGGAUGAACUGAGACCAUGAGAGGACUGGGAUUACUGUACGUCAACACUGUCACAAGAGAGUCACAAUGCGUUGCCCCGAAGUUGACCCCCAUCAGAGCACUGCCCCAGGCCAUCACAAGCACUUGGAACCUGCUGCAAGCAGUCACAUAUGUUUAAGACAGCUUAUAAACAUUUCACAUGGGAUGUCCACUGGUAGAAGAUAAGACGUGAUUGGUGAAAAUGAGACUUGACACUACUCUGUGUCAUCAGUGUCAGAUCUGAUAAGCUGCUCUGGGAUUGUUCCGUAAGAUUGUUGCUUUAUUUUUUGCAGGUGUGUCUAACACUUCACCAUCCGCUCGUUCUCCUGAUUCUCCAAGAUCUUCUCGAAUACAGUUUUGUUGGUCUGUUCUUAAUGGUCAUUCCAAUGGACAUAGUCCCUCUAAUAAUUUGAUUCAAGAAUGCUAAGGUGGCACCAACUGUGUCAAUGUACACUUUGUUCAUUUACAGGAGCUAUGUAAAAAGUCUACACACCCUUCUUUAAAUAGUUUAAGACAAUUUCAAGACUUUCUAACAAUAUUGAUCUAUAAGCUGUACAACUCAGUUGAAAAAAAAAAUCGUUUUGAGAGGAUAAUUCAAAUUAAACAACUGAGAUGAUGUUGCGGCACAAAUGUGUACACCCUCUUAAACUGUCGAUGUGGCGGAGUUGAAAAUUAACCAAUCACAUUCAAACUCAUGCUAAAUGGCAGUCGGCACACACCUGCCACCAAUUGAAGCGCCUCCGAUAACCGCAAAUAAAUUUCCACUUUUGCUGACAUUUUGUUUUCUUUCUAGCAGAAGCCGUUUUGUGCUAACACUGACUGGUGUUUUGAACGGUUUAUAAUUCCCUCCACCAUGACUAAGACCCAGUUCCAGCUGAAUAAAAACAGCUGACUGUAUUUGUGCCAAAUAAACCUUUGGGAAUUAUGGUCAAAAGGUCAUCCUUGGUUUAAUCGUGCCCUAACACAUUUUCCCCACAUUCUUUUGGGAAAUUUCAAUUGUUCUUGCACAAUUUUAAACCAAGCUUGAGCAUUUUGUCCAUAAUUCCAGAAGGUAUGUUUUGCGCAAACGUAACACUGCCCACCACUCAACAGAAGAAAACCAUACCCACAGCAUGAAAGCAUGGUGGGGGCAACAUCAUACUUU